AUGUCAAGUCGCCGCAAAGCCACUCCGGUUCGUUUGGUCAAUCAUUUCCCUGAAGAAGGGGCGUUAUCACCGUACUGUGCAAGGUUGCCCCCCUCCUCACAGGAGUGGACAGAGAGCGGCGGAGAGGAGGAAAGAGGAGGCGAAGGAGCUGUUAGACUCUUGUCCGAACCCACUUCUUCAAAAGAAUAUCCAGAGAUGGAGUCUACUGACCAUUUAAUGACAAAGUCAAGUGAUGACGUCAUUGGAAUUGUAAGCAUUCUAUGCUAAUUAAUUUUUUAAGGUAGGAUUUGAACUAAUUUAAAUAUUUUUAGAAUGUUAACUUUGAGGAUGUACAGCAAGACCCUCCUGAUGAAUUUACAAGUCCAGUUGAAACCAUAAAAUCCACAAAAUCUUCAGAAUCUCAACACACCAGGUGAGCGAUUCUAUGAUGUCAUAUGCUGACAUGAGUUGCAUCUAUACAGUGGAUUAACCCAAGCCGGUUUCUCAUCCCCAAUUUCCAAAGACUUUUCGGGAAUUAGGCGGCCUCUGAUAAGAUAAUAGAUCCGAUCUCCCCUGAGGGCAUGGCUGUCCAGCAGAUCCCCCACCCCGUUUGUAAUGACCUUUCUCGUGACAGUCCCGGCCAUAUACGGAGCAACACAAUUGUGCAAACAAUCGCGGCUAUUCGAGUCCCGAGCUUGUUUAUCAGCGAUAAGAAGAGGGCAGCCGGUCAUUCAACAAAACAUUACAGUAACCGGCCCUCUGUUUAUGGGAAACAAUCGUUUUGAUCCGCGGAAUAUUGAAUUUCAGACAUCUUUUUAAAUUCGAAUCUGAGGCAAACAAUGGGGCACUCUAACCGGGCUCUGAUUUCAAUUAAAACUUGAGGAUUUCCAUUAAUUAUAAGAUAUCCCAAGUACAAUAUUUUAUUUGUCUUUUCAGCACUUCGAAUGAAAGCAACGAGAUCCCGGAUAUCCUGGCACAAGAACAGGAUUACUGUACCGUAAUUAUUGAUGGGAGCGCGUUAAAAAACGCCCUCGAGAACGUUGAAUCACAGUCUGGAAAAGCUCAUCUCAUUGAUAACAUUAUUGAACAGGUAGGCUUCUAAAGUGAUCAAGUGCUAAUUAAAACAUUUCCAGUUGAAAUCAGUAAAAGAAAUUGUUUUGGGAGAGCCAAGAGUAGUCGAGGAGAUUGAAGAAGAUACCAUGGAUAAAUCCACAGAGGAUAAAGAGAGUUCUCACGACAACUCUUCUGAUUACAAUACCUCUAGAAAUGAUGUCACUCAACAAAAUAUGAAGAUGGAAAUCACAGAACAGAGUCAACAAGAGAAAUGGAUGAACAUGAUUAGUGCCCUAGGGGCUAAUAAUCCAGCUCUAAACUUUUUCUUUCCUUCUUGUAAGCCUUUUAAUUUUCUUGAACUCCUGUUAUGUAAUAGGUCGUCAUGUCAUACUAUAAUCUUUUAAUUCCCGAGCCGUAAAGUCAGUAGAAUUUGCACAAUGCGUUUUCCCCUGGUUUUUCGCGUUCGUCGCUGAGAUUUCCCGUUUUUACCCAAACGACAUACACUUUUCCGUGGGGCAACUCCAAAUUUUACGCAGGACGCCGGCGAAAAAACUCUACAGACUUUACGUCCCGAGUAAUAUGCAAUCACCGUAGUUCCUAUUUCAGUCCAAUCCGUCAAACCCCACGAUCUGGAGAGCCAUUCGAACGUGCUGGAGAACUCUUUCCUCUCCUAUUACCGGAAUAAGGCUGUAAAUAACAACAACGAGGCCAGUAAAUUCAACGAAAUCCCAUUAAAUCUCAGCACUCUGAGGUAAUCUUUAAUGUUCUUCAAAUGAAUUACAAAAUUCUUUUAGCGAUCAUGCUGACACAACCACCAGCACUUCUCCCUCGAGUUUUAUUAAUCGAUUUCAUCCCACCCAAUCCCCAACUUCUUCUGGAAAGAGUACUCCAAGAACAGAUUCAGGGUCUAAUAUGAACAAUGUCGUCAGAGUUAGUGCGCCAAAAAGCCCCAACCACAUCAAACGGCCGAUGAAUGCAUUCAUGGUCUGGGCGCGGGACGAGCGACGCAAGAUCCUGAAGGCAUGCCCAGACAUGCACAACAGUAACAUCUCGAAGAUCCUGGGCUCCAGAUGGAAGGCCAUGUCCAACGCGGAGAAGCAGCCUUAUUACGAAGAACAAUCCCGUCUUUCGAAACUCCACAUGGAACAACAUCCGGAUUAUCGAUACCGGUAGGUCUGGCCUGCAAAAACAAUUUUAUCAGCUCUAAUCGAUUAUCACCAACUUAGAGAUAGCAGAGAAGAAUAUUAAUUACGAUAUAUUAUCAAGAAGACUGCGUCAUAAUACGUUUUAUAAUGAAGUAAUCUUUCAGCCCACGCCCGAAAAGAACAUGUAUGGUCGAUGGGAAAAAGGUCAGGAUAACGGAUUACAAAAAUCUCCUCAAAACGAAGCCUCCCAACUCGAACGGAGCCAGUUCCCCGUCCCCUUCAGUGUCCAGUUCAAGGUCCAACCCCAGUCUUUCACUUCCGACUUCUACUUCUGAUCUUCUGGCCCCAUUCUCUGGGUCAUCUUCCUUUUUGGGGGUCAAUAAUUGGUUUCCAGGAGCAAUGACUGCUGAGAAUGGUCAGCCCGGCGGCAUCUCCACACCUACUAUGCCCCCAGGGGAAAACAGACAAGCCCCUACCCUUCCACUCGAGUUUAACGGGAUCACAAAUGCUGCGUUAUUAGUAGGCCUCGCUAAUCACCAUCACCAGCAAUUCCAGAGGAAUCACGCGCAAAUGUUGCAUUCUUCGGAAUGA